GUGAGAGUGUGUUGACAUUCCCCGAGGUCGCUAGAGCAGCCCAAGCAACGGGACCGGGAGGGGCCUUGUAUGAUUGUAUUGUACCAGAUAAAGUGAGUGAGGAACAUCAGCAAUGAUAGCAAUCCGUCAUGUGUUACAGCUGAUCGUGGUGGUGGUAGUUGUGAUAGUUAGAUACUUGGUUGAUAUUGAUGAGAGCAAUGGAUGCCGCGAGCGGUGUGCCUGUGCCGUAGAUAGUAGAUACACAGUUAUGGAGUACGGUACGGAGUAGAUGGAGAUGGAUCAUCAUAUGGUUGAGGCAGUAAUCAAUUAAUUAC